UCCGCCCCCGGGGCCGCGCGCGGCAGCGGCGGCGGCGGGAGCGGCGGGAGCGCCCCUUCCUCCCGUGCCGCCCUCCGUCCCUCUCCGCCGGCGGCUCCCGGCGCGCCAGCAUGGAGCUGUUCCAAGCCAAGGACCACUACAUCCUGCAGAGCGGGGAGCGGGCGCUCUGGUGCAGCCGGAGGGACGGCAGCCUGCAGCUGCGAGCCGCCACUGAUCUUCUUUUGGCUUGGAACCCCAUUUGUCUGGGCCUGGUAGAGGGAGUCAUUGGGAAAGUCCAGCUUCAUACAGAUUUACCGUGGUGGCUGCUUUUAAUUCGUCAGAAAGCAUUGAUUGGCAAACUUCCAGGGGAUCAUGAGGUGUGCAAAAUAACCAAGAUUGCAGUGAUUCCACUUUCUGAGACAGAACCUCAGGAUCUGGAACUGGAGCUUUGUAAAAAGCACCAUUUUGGGAUAAACAAGCCAGAGAAGAUAACACAGUCCCCAGAUGACACAAAAUUCCUGCUGAAGACUCUUACUCAAAUUAAAUCUAAUGUGUCUGCUCCAAAUAAAAAGAAGAUUAGAGAAAGCAAAGAGAAAGAGAGACUGGAGAAGAGAUUAUUGGAGGAGUUGUUCAAAAUGUUCAUGGAUUCAGACUCCUUUUACUACAGCCUGAGCUAUGACCUGACUAAUUCUGUGCAGAGGCAGAGCGCGUGUGAGAAAACCAACCUGCCCCUGUGGAGAAAAGUGGAUGACAGAUUCUUUUGGAACAAGCACAUGAUUGAAGAUCUCAUCAGCAUUGAUAAUGCUGAAGUGGACUUCUGGAUUAUCCCCAUCAUUCAAGGAUUUGUGCAAAUUGAAGAACUCGUAGUAAACUACAGUGAAUCUUCUGAUGAUGAUAAGAGCAGCCCUGAAACUCCUCCUCAGGAAUGCUCUUGUGUCGAUGACAUCCACCCCACGUUUCUGGUGGCGCUCAUCUCCCGCCGGAGUCGGCACAGAGCUGGAAUGCGGUAUAAGCGGAGAGGUGUUGAUAAAAAUGGAAACGUGGCAAAUUAUGUUGAGACAGAGCAGCUGAUCCAUGUCCACAAUCACACCCUUUCCUACAUCCAGACACGAGGCUCUGUGCCUGUUUUCUGGAGCCAGGUUGGAUACAGAUACAACCCACGGCCCCGGCUGGACAAGAGUGAAAAUGAAACAGUGUCCUGUUUUCGUGCACACUUUGAAGAGCAGCUGAAAAAUUACAAAAAGCAGGUUAUUAUUAACUUGGUGGACCAGACAGGCAGAGAGAAGAUUAUUGGAGAUGCUUACCUUAAACAAGUUCUUCUCUACAACAAUGCAAAUCUGACUUAUGUUUCAUUUGACUUCCAUGAGCACUGCCGAGGAAUGAAGUUUGAAAAUGUUCAAACACUGACUGAUGCCAUUCAUGAUAUUAUUCUUGACAUGAAGUGGUGCUGGGUUGACCAGGCUGGGGUGAUCUGCAAGCAGGAGGGGAUUUUCCGGGUGAACUGCAUGGACUGCCUGGACCGCACCAACGUGGUGCAGGCUGCCAUUGCCAGAGUGGUCAUGGAGCAGCAGCUCAAAAAACUGGGUGUGAUGCCACCAGAGCAGCCUCUGCCAGUGAAGUGCAACAGGAUCUACCAGAUCAUGUGGGCCAACAACGGCGAUGCCAUCAGCCGGCAGUACGCGGGCACGGCCGCCUUGAAGGGUGACUUCACGAGGACUGGUGAAAGAAAGCUGGCAGGGGUGAUGAAGGAUGGAGUGAACUCUGCAAACAGAUACUACCUGAAUCGUUUCAGGGAUGCUUACAGGCAAGCAGUCAUAGAUUUGAUGCAGGGCAUCCCUGUGACAGAGGACCUGUACUCCAUAUUUACAAAAGAGAAGGAGCAUGAAGCCCUGCACAAGGAGAACCUGAGGAGCCACCAGGAAUUGAUCAGCCAGCUGCUGCAGAGCUACAUGAAACUGCUCUUGCCAGAUGAUGAAAAAUUCCAUGGAGGGUGGGCACUCAUUGACUGUGACCCAAGUCUCAUCGAUGCCACUCAUAAGGAUGUAGAUGUGCUGCUUUUACUUUCAAAUUCUGCCUAUUAUGUGGCCUAUUACGAUGAUGAAAUUGACAAAGUGAAUCAGUACCAAAGGUUGAGCCUUGAAGCUCUGGAAAAAAUAGAAAUAGGGCCUGAGCCUACUCUCUUUGGCAAACCCAAGUUCUCUUGCAUGAGGCUGCAUUACAAAUACAAAGAAAUGAGUGGAUAUUUUCACACUCUCAGGGCUGUGGCUCGCAGCCCAGAAGAAGAUGGAAAAGACACUCUUCAGUGCAUUGCAGAAAUGCUGAGAAUCACAAAGCAAGCAAUGGGAAUGGAUGUGCCCAUUAUUGAGAAGAAGCUGGAGAGGAGAAGCAGCAAACCUCAUGAAGACAUCAUUGGCAUUCGGUCUCAGAACAGAGGGUCCCUGGCCCAAGGCAAGAAUUAUUUACUGAGCAAGUUCUCCUCCCUCAAUCAAAAGGUGAAACAAACCAAAUCCAACGUAAACAUCAGCAACCUUCGGAAGCUGGGCAGCUUUGCCAAACCUGAAGUAAAAGUCAAUUUCUUAAAGCCAAAUUUGAAAGUGAAUCUUUGGAAGUCAGACAGCAGCCUGGAAACUCUGGAGAACCCAGGGGUCGAUCCGAAAGCCCCGAGCGAAUCCGACACAGAAGCCUCAGACAAUGACUCCUUCCACUCCGAUGACUUCCUGAGCAACUCCAAGUCGGACGAGGAGGGGCAGCUGGGGGGGUCCCUGGAGAACAUGGGCCCCACGGACUACGUGCUGCCCAGCUGCGGCAUCAUCGCCUCGGCGCCGCGCCUGGGCAGCCGCUCGCAGUCCCUGAGCAGCACCGACGUGAGCCUCAGCGUGGCCGUGCCGGCCGGGGGCCAGGACGCUGCCCUGCCUGCUGCUGACAGCGCAGAGCUGGAGCUUGCCAAGCCCAUGGAUGUGUACUGCCAGAGGUUCGUGCAGGAUGCCCAGAGCAAGGGCUGCGAUGUGCUGGAGCCUGAGGCUGGUCCUCAAGAGCCCCAUCACGCACCGACCCAAACCGGCAGGAGCACGGCCAAGAAGGCAGAAGCCAAGGCUGAAGCUGUUGCAGACGUUCCUUCCAGGCCAUCGAAGCUGGAUGUUCGGUCUUCUGAGCCAAACCCCCAGCUCUUGGCUGUCGGUGGGCCUGACUUGAGUAAAUCCCACAGGAGCCCGGGCUCUGUGUCUGGCAACCACGAGCCAGGACUCCACACCACUCCUUCCCCCGCCGACGGCAGCAGCAGCAGGGCCGUGUCUCCCUUCGCUAAAAUCCGCAGCUCCAUGGUCCAGGUUGCCAACAUCACCCAGGCAGGAUUGACUCAAGGGAUUAAUUUUGCUGUGGCAAAGGUCCAAAAGAGCCCUGCGGAACCAGAAGCUUUAAAUGAAAUCAAACAAAAAGAACUGAGAGAAAUGUUUACGCAGUGCCAGACGCGAAUAAUUCAGAUCUAGUUGCUCAUUUGGGAAGUGUUCUUCUAGCUGUGGCUUCUAAUAAAAUAACCCAAUGACAUCAGGACUAUUGUGGCAUGAACUGCUACUGGAUACUGGGAUUGAUACUAGGUAAUUUGUUUACAAGCAGUGAGAGAUGCAAAUGAAUUUGGUUCUGACCAAGCUUCAGAAUUCCCUCAGGCAGGUGAGACAGAACCUGUAUAAACCAUAUUUAAACAGGUAGCUUAGACACUGGGAUUCAAUAAGCAUGUUGUCUUAGAUGUGUUGCACAGUUAUUUUUUGGAGACUAAUUUUGUAGCUCUUCUGAAUUAUGUAGAAAGUAUUUAUACUCAAAGGAUGAUACUGCACUUCUCUGACCUUACUUACCUUGCACUACACCAGCAAAAUAAAGUACCGGUAAAUUACA